AAACAGAAUAUGCUAGAAUAAGAAGAGAUCUCAAUUCAAGCAAACUCAACCGCAACAACUUGUUCACAAACAAGUGCAUCAAAGCUAAAAAAUGCCGCUUUUUGGUUGGAUGAAAUGGUCAAAAAAUGAGUCCUACAAAUCUGCACAAUAUCCUGGCUCAGAAGUAGUGACCAAGACCUUGCUGAGGGAAUUGAAAUGGCACCUGAAAGAGCGUGAAAGAUUAGUACAAGAGAUUGAAAAUGAACAAAAAGUCCAGAAAAAUGGUGUGGAUUACAACUGGUUGAAGAACUACCAAAAUCCACAAGCCACAAUCCCAGCUACUGAACAAAGGCAGCUUGAAGUCCUUUGUUCACAAAUUCAACCUUGCCAAACUGGAACUGUUCUUAGCAGAUUUCGUGAAGUUUUGGCAGAAAAUGAUGUCUUACCUUGGGAAAUAGUCUACAUAUUCAAGCAAGUUUUAAAAGAUUUUCUAACUACUAUUGAGAAGGAAAACCAACAAGACCAACUAGUAGAUGUAUGGAAUACAAAUUGCUCUGAACACUUCACAGUGCCUGGUGACAGCUCUAACAAAUCGGACAAAGAUGAAAUUCCCACAGUCUCAAGUUACGUUGACAAAAAUACACAGAGCAUGUUUCCCACUUUUUCUCACCGAAUCUGGAAUCUUCCAUAUUACUAUCCAUCAAGUUAAAAUUUUUCUUCAGUUAUCUGAAUUCCCUUUUAU